UAUUUUGGCAGAUUUGAGCCCGCCUCUGGUGAAAUGAGCUCACCACUGUCGAUGCUGAAGAAGACAAGGCGCCUUCCUCUGUGUGACCCCAUGAAUGAGCAAUGGGGCAGACAAAAAGUGCCAUUCAGGAGGAAUCUGUUGACAGAGUUUAAGGCAGAGGUCUCUUCUGAAAUGCAUGUUCCCUUGGCUUCCAAUGCUCAUCUCAGUGACGGUCUUUCCACCUCGAAGUCAAAAACCUCACAGAAGAAAGGGGCUCCACCAAGUGACUUUGAGCUGAUGUCCGCUAUGAUGCAGCGGAUCUCCAUGUUGGAGAAAACAGUGAGGAGCCAAGCACAGGAGAUUGAAACCAAGGAUAAAAAGAUUUCAGCCCUUGAGGAGAAACUUAAAAAGAAAUCAGGACAUGUACAUGAUGAUGAUCUGAGCUGCAGGCAUGAGCUUGAAAGACGGUGUGAACAGCUGCAGAACCAAGUGUGUGAAAUGGAGAGUUUUCUGAACGACUACGGUUUGAUCUGGGUGGGAGACGGAGAGACGAGUGAACAUGAGGAGACACACAGCUCAGAAAAAGACCUGCAGUCAGGCAGCUCUGUGGGGAGUUUCCACAUGAACUUUGACCUGGUCCUUCAGAGGAUCAAAGAACUGAACGUUGUCGCAGGGGAAGGAGAGUGUUUUGUGCAAACGACAGCAACGGGAGGACAUCUGGCCCAAAAGAAACCGAUUCAGCUGAGGCUCUACAGGAACGGCAUCGUCAUGUUCAACGGGCCUUUUCGUUCCUAUCAGGAGCACAGCACCCAGCAAUGCAUGCAGGAUCUGAUGGAUGGGUAUUUUCCCUCUGAGCUGCAGGAAAGAUUUCCAGAUGGUGUGCCGUUGGAGGUUCAUGACAAGCGAGAUGAGGAGUUUGUCUUCAGGCUUCCAUGGGACGCAUUUCCUGGUCGAGGGCAGGCCGUUUGUGAAGAGGAGGAUAAAUCUGCAAAUACUCCAAAUACUCAGAUACCUGGUGACAAACUGAGCCUGGAUCAGUUCCUGAACCAGCUGCCGAAGGUGGUCGUCAGAGCCGGUCGAGUGAUUGAUAUCAGGGAUUCGUUGAGAUGUACCCUGCAGGGUUCAUCUGAUGCCCAAAGCAGCAGCUCUGUGAUCCUCAUAGACACUCCGACGCUGCAGGAAAUGAAGGAGAGAUUACUGACGCUAAACUCUGAGCGGCCAUCGUCUUCCCAUGACGUGAUCACACUGAAGGUCAGGUCAGAAGACGGGGAUCACACUUACGUCUUAAAAAUGAGCUAUUCAGAAACAAUCGGCCACCUCCGCCAGUAUCUGGACAAACACAGGGGUGAUGACCUACCUGCCUAUGACAUAAUCAGUGCAUACCCACAAUGCACCUUUGUUGACAACUGUCAGACGCUUCAGUCAUGUGGACUCACAACUAAUACGUCUCUGCUGCUGCGGAAGAAGCAAUGAAGUGACAUAAACCUAAAAAACACUUUACACACUUAGAAACAGGCUGAAUGAAGGUGCACAUAUCCUAUUUCUAUUAUUAAUUUCUGAAUGUUAAUAUUAAUUUUUAAAUGCCAUGAUGUAGUCAUGUCAGACAGUUUACCCUAUGUCAGUAUGGCAAAUUUAAGAAUGAUAUGACAAUAAAGUGCUGUGUUGAGUUAUUUUCAUCCAUAAAAUGAGUAGAGAUUUGCUGAUAUUGUGACCAGCAUUGAUAUGUCAGUCAGUUCAAUGUGUACAGUACUGCUUACAGACAAAAGAAAUAGUUGAAAAUCUUUAUUGCUAAAAUAUGCAAAUACAAACAAGAACAAAGUAAGAAAAUAUAAACAUCUUUCCCUUUUGCAAAACAUUUGAGAUGUUAAGGCAUGCGGAGCCUGAAGACAAAUCUUGUGCUACUCAAGUUUAAAGGUCCCAUGAAAUGAAAAAUGGCUUGUGUGUCCCUGGGAGUAUUAUUCUGUGUAAUUUUAUAACAAAUACGCAAAAAAAAAAAAACAGUUGCAUAUCUUUACAAUAAAAUCCCUUUCUCUCCCUGUAAAGUGUCAAGUUUUUUUUUUUAAAUGGCUUAUUAAGCAAACAGGAAAAAGACUUUAAACUCCAUCUAAUACAGUCUGAUCGGUACAUGGGGUGAUCCAGCCAACCCCAUCAGAUUAAAACACGCUCACAGACUGUCAUCGAUCUGAAAUCUCACCUAUCACAACCCUCCUCGCAUUAAAUCCAUCUUAAACACACCAAACAGAAAUAAAUUACAAUCUAAAAGUCACUUCAUGGGACCUUUACACAUUGUGGAUGCAAAAUUUGAUCAAACACGUUUCCACAUUAUUACAGCAACACAUUAGGAAAACCCAGAACGUUGUCAAUGCAAACAAAGAAAAAUAAAUAAUACUGAAGAUUAAUACUGUUUCAGUCUCUGUCGAAUGCGAGUCAGCCGUUAUCAGUCGUAAAUGUACGGUAUACUUUGAAGUUACUUGUGUACUGUGCACACGGCAGGUCAUUCAUACAUCAUAGGAUUCAGUUAUGUUUUCUGUCUACCAGGAACAACAGUGCUGGGGCUUGUACUCACAGCCCAAAGCCUUCUACUACAUUCAGAGUCAGGGAAUGUAUUGACUAUCCUACCGGUGAUACACUGAGAAAGAUCAUAUUGGAAGAGUUUGCUGCAAACAGCCCUUGGUGUUGGUCUAAAAUGAAUCAGCAUUGCGGUUGCAAACGUGACAGAAAGGCACAUGUUGGUUGUUUUUUUUUUCACUUAGAAACCAGGUCUGCAGCAGAGAGAAGCGUUCACAAACAUUCACAGACUCGCUCGACGAGAGUUUCUUUGGUAACAGAGCUGUCGUAGGCCUGAUGGUGUGAGAGCACUGAUUUGGUAUCAAACCGUUCUGUUAAUAAGUCUUCUACCUCACAGCAGAGUCUAAUGUUACACCGUUCACCAUUUUAAAUAAUGGCGUGUUAGUAACGUUUCCUUUGUGAAUUCACUUAAAAGCAUUGAAGAGGUUAAAAUAUUCUCAGUUGAUUGUCAACCACUUACUUGAUAAUUUCCCUCGAGAAGGAAAUUAAGAUUUGAAUAAAUUAUAUUCGUGGGACUCCUACACAAAUAUCUAUCCACUAAGGUGGAAGACAGAAUAAGACUGUUUGGUAACUGACAGUAUCAUGUCAUUAUCAAG